ACGGCGUCCCUCUGCUUCCCGGCCUCCGCCGCCGCAGCAGAUGAGACAGAGUCCCUCUCUGUCCCUGCUGCCUGCUGCCUGCUGCCUCCAGAGAAAUUCCGACACGAUCGACUUGGCCUCCAGAGAAACUCCGACUCAAAACCCACCCUGCUCUGCUCCAAAGAAAGAAAUUAUACACUGCGUACUAGAAAGCUUUCAAUCUGGAUCGCCGGAACUGUGCUCCACCGGAGAGGGAAUUCUUCUUCUUGCAAGUUAAGGAUGACGGCAUCCAACGCAAAUUCGUCAUGUAAUUGUUCAAAUACCUGUUCCUCGGAGGGGGCAGCUGACCAGGGUGAUAACCUUUCGAGGCUGUUCACGGACUUCGCCGUGGACAACAACACGUUCGCGGAGGCGCGCAUCAGGGCCGCUUUCUACCCCAAAUUCGAAAAUGACAAUUCCGAUCGACAGACAAGGACUCGGAUGAUUGAGAUGGUGUCGUGUGGCUCAGCUACCAUGGAGGUUACGCUGAAGCAUUCAGGAUCUCUAUUCAUGUAUGCCGGUCACCGUGGUGGAGCAUAUUCCAAGAACAGCUUUGGAAAUAUCUACACUGCUGUGGGCGUUUUUGUCCUGGACCGUAUGUUUCGUGAAGCUUGGGGGAAGGAAGCCCCUAAAAAGCAAGCCGAAUUUAAUGAUGUUCUUGAGAAAAAACGGAUAAACAUUUCAAUGGAACUUGUGACGGCUGUAUUAGGAGACCAUGGGCAAAGGCCAAAGGAUGACUAUGCCGUGGUUAUAGCUGUAACAGAGUUAGGUCAUGGCAAACCAAGGUUCUAUUCUACUCCACAAGUGAUUGCCUUUUGUCAAGAAUGGCGCCUACCAACAAAUCAUGUGUGGCUAUUUUCCACAAGGAAAUCUGCCACUUCUUUUUUCACUACCUACGAUGCAUUGUGUGAAGAGGGGACUGCCACGCCGGUUUGCACAGCCCUUGGCGAAAUAGCUGAUAUAUGUAUACCAGGGUCAAAGGAUCAUGUGAUGGUACAGGGUGAGAUUCUUGAAGGCCUGGUUGCCCGUAUUGUUAGCCGUGAAAGUUUGGUUCAAAUGGAACAAGUCUUGAAAAACUUCUCACAUCCUCCACUAGAUGGAGUUGACUCUGAUUUGGGACCAAGUUUACGUGAAAUAUGCGCCGCUUAUAGGUCAGAUGAAAACCAGAAAAUUAAAGUACUUCUUGAAAAUGUUGGAUCUUCAAUAUGUCCAGACCAUUCUGAUUGGUUUGGAAGUGGUGGUCUUGAUGCUCAGUCUCAAGACGCUGAUGAAUCGGUUGUCACUUGCUUUUUGCAAGCACAUCCUACUGACAAUACAACUAAGAAAUUGCAGGAGAUGAUUCGUGUGAUCAAGCAGAGAAAUUUCCCUGUAGCACUCAAAUGUUACCAAAAAGUUGAUUCUCUUUCAAAUGAUAACUUGUAUUACAAGAUGGUUAUCCAUGUGCACAGUGAUUAUGUUUUUACAAGUUAUCGGCAAGAGAUGAGGAAAAAGCAAGGGUUAUGGCCACUGUAUAGGGGUUUCUUCGUUGAUGUAAACCUGUUCAAGGCGAAUAAUAGGAAGGCUGCUGAACAUCCCAAAGACAGUAACACUUUACUGAAAAAUAUUGAUGGUGCCGAGAACAGUGACGAGGAUUCAAAUUUGAUGGUCAAACUAAAAUUCCUGACUUAUAAGGUAAGGACAUUUUUAAUUCGGAAUGGCCUCUCCACCCUCUUCGAAGAUGGCCCAUCUGAUUAUAGAGAUGAUUGCCUGAGACAAAUGGAGAAUUGGGGAACAUCAGCAAGUAAACAGAAGGAGCUUUGCGAACUGUUGGAUGAAUGGGCUGUGUAUAUUACAAGAAAGUGCGGAAAUAAUGCACCCUCGUCCUGGACGUAUCUUAGCGAGGCAGAGCCUUUCUUUGAACAAUAUGCUAAAGCAAACCAGGAUUUGAUAGGGGCUGCUGGUGAAUUGGUUCAAGCGUCUAGUCCUACUACGUCCCUCAAUGGUGUUUCAAAACCCGAGGGCCUCAUCGUCUUCUUUCCUGGUAUACCUGGUUGUGCAAAGUCUGCUCUAUGCAAGGAACUAUUGAAAAUGCCUGGUGGCCUUGGUGAUAAUCGCCCUCUUCAUAGUCUGAUGGGAGAUCUUCUUACUAAAAAAGCAAAAUACUGGCAAAAGGUUGCUGACGAGCGGAAAAAGGAACCAUUUACAAUAACCCUCGCCGACAAAAACGCACCAAAUGAGCAAGUGUGGCGGCAGAUUGAGAAUAUGUGUGGGACCACAAAAGCGGCUGCUGUUCCUGUUGUUCCUGAUUCUGAAGGCACCGACACAAAUCCAUUUUCUCUUGAUGCUCUUGCUGUUUUCAUGUUUCGCGUACUCCAGCGGGUCAAUCAUGAGGGAAAUCUGGACAAGGCAUCACAGAAUGCUGGUAAAGUUGUGCUAGAGUUUUACAACCUCUAUGAUGGCAAGAAUCGAAGAGAAUUCGAAGGCCGACUGCACGAGCGUUUCGGCUCCUUGGUUAAGAUGCCUCUCCUCAAGCCAGAUAGAGCUCCAUUGCCUGGUGAUGUCAAAAGUAUCUUAGACGAGGGGCUUAGCUUAUUCAAAUUGGAUCGAAGCAGGCAUGGAAGAAGAGUGGAGCCAUCAGAAUGGACACAGUGGGAGGAGAGGUUGCGCGAGAUCUUGUUGGAGAAUGCUGAUUAUCUUAAAUCCAUUCAGGUUCCGUUUGAGGCUGCGGUGAAACAAGUAGUGGAACAGUUAAAGGCCGUGGCAAAAGGUGAUAUCAAACCACCUGAUACUGCGAAGCGGAGGUUGGGCAAUAUCGUUUUUGCUGCUGUUACAUUAUCCCCGGCAGACGUAUUGGGCCUUGUCCGGAAGGUUGCAGAGAAGGACACGGAUGUCGACAAUUUUCUCAACGGCAUAAAAUUAGAGGAUAGCCUCAAGAACAAGGUGCAUGUCACCCUCGCCCACAAAAGGGUCCAUGGUGUAGCCGCGGUCGCAAGUUAUGCGGUCUACGAGAAGCAGGAACUAGCCGUAUCGUUUAACGCCUUCGUCUACACCGAUAAGAUGGCUGCCCUCGAGGCACAGAUUGGAACGGUAAACGGAGAGACCAUUGUCUGCAGAAAUGAUUGGCCACAUGUUACUCUAUGGACAGCUGCAGGCGUGGCACCAAAGGAAGCAAACACACUGCCGCAGUUGGUUUCCCAGGGAAAAGCAAAGCGGGUGCCGGUCGACCCUCCUAUCACCAUCUCUGGAGUUGUCGACUUGAACUGUCUUUAGAUUAGAUAUUUGUACACUAUUCGGUGGGACCGAUCAAUACAAAAUAUGCAAGCUUUAGGCU